AUGGCCGCUAGAGAGAGGGAGGAGCAAGCCACUGGAGAAAACGGCAAGGCAAGAGCGUCUUCGUCUGCCGCGAGCGAAGAGCCUCCACCGAGAACCCGGCCCCCAUCCCCGCCUCCCGUCCCCCCACGGGAAGCUCAUCCAGGGAUAGCCGGCUGCCGGUCUGUCUAUUGCUAUGAGAGGCUCAAUCACAUCGAGGAAGGGUCCUAUGGUGUCGUCUUCAGAGCCAGGGACAAGGAGACGGGCGAGAUUGUCGCGCUCAAGAAGCUCAAGAUGGACAAGGAGACAAAUGGGUUUCCCAUCACCAGCCUGCGAGAGAUCCGGACGCUGAUGGAAGCAGCCCACGAGAAUGUGGUGCGGGUGCGAGAAAUUGUCGUGGGCGAUACUCUGACACAGAUCUUCAUCGUCAUGGACUUUAUCGAACACGACCUCAAGACGCUAUUGCACACCCAGACCACGCCAUUUCUUGCCUCGGAGGUCAAGACGCUGAUGCGUCAGCUCCUGAGCGCCAUCUCGCUGCUUCAUCGGAAUUGGAUCAUUCACCGGGACCUUAAGACAAGCAAUCUUCUCAUGAACAACCGGGGUCAGAUCAAGCUGGCCGACUUUGGGCUGGCGAGAAUGUACGGCGAACCGACAGGGGAAAUGACGCCCCUCGUCGUCACACUCUGGUACCGGGCUCCGGAGCUCCUACUAGGCGCAGAGACGUACGACACGGCCAUUGACAUGUGGAGCAUCGGCUGCAUCUUCGCGGAGCUCAUCACCAAGGACCCUCUCCUCCCAGCUCGAAAUGAGACAGAGCAGAUAUACAAGAUCUUUCGACUGCUCGGGUAUCCUACCGAGGAUUCUUGGCCUGGCGUCACGUCUCUUCCUAACGCACCGUCGCUUCUUUCCAAAGGAUCUGCGCUCCCGCCGUACAGCCAGCUCCGUAAAAAGUUCCCCUACAGCACCGAGCAGACCAUUGACCUGCUCCAGAAGCUCCUAACGCUCGAUCCCCGCCGUCGAAUCACGGCAGACGAAGCGCUCCAGCAUCCGUACUUUCGCGAGUCGCCCGCGCCCGCCCAUCCAGAUACCUUUGGAAGCUUUCCGAGCGUCGCCGCGGGUGAGAGGAAGCGCAGCGCCUCUCCGAACGCGCCCCACCGAGUGGCAGACCAGAAGCUGGCCUACCAGCUCGAGAUGGACCUUUGA